GAGUAUAUGCGCGCAAAGCAAAACUGCGCCGAGCUGUUUGGAUGCCCGGCCUGAUGAGCGAGGAUGGCGGAGGACUCCAAGGAAGACUCGGUGGCUUCUAACGUUGAUUCGGACCAACAAACACCCGACGGCAGCCUAAACAACUCGGUGCUGGCCGACGGCUCCUGUCUCCUGCGGAGGAUGGAGAUCUGCGUUGCUGAGGCUGAGAAACGGAGCGGCAAGAAUGCGGUCAGCAUGCAGGAGACCUUCACCGUCUACCUGGUGGAGACAAGACCAAUCGACGCAACAGCCGAAGGCCGUAGCCCACCCCCUGACUCUCUGUGGAGGCGAUACAGCGAGUUUGAGCUGCUGAGGAACUACCUGAUCAUUGCAUAUCCAUACAUCGUGGUCCCCCCUCUGCCUGAGAAGAGGGCCGAGUUUGUGUGGCAUAAGCUUUCUGCAGACAACAUGGACCCAGACUUUGUGGAGCGCCGCCGGAUUGGAUUGGAGAACUUCCUGUUCCGCGUUGCCUCCCAUCCAGUUCUCUCCAACGAUGAGAUCCUAUACCACUUCCUCACCAAGGAACAUGGCUGGAAGGAAAUGGUGUACGAGACAGGAUUUCAGGCAAAGGCAGAUUCCAGGCUUAGAGCUUUAAGUGCCACCUUCAGGGUGAGAAGUCCACACAAACGCUUAGUGGAGAUGAAGCAUUACAGCGACGGGCUUCAGUCUCACACGGCUCAGCUGCUCCGAGCACGAACUAGGGUUGCUGAUAGACUGUAUGCUGUUUACAAGGUCCAUGGGAACUAUGGACGAGUCUUCAGUGAGUGGAGCGCCAUCGAGAAAGAGAUGGGAGAUGGACUGCAGAGCGCCGGUCAUCACAUGGAUGCCUAUGCCACUUCAAUAGAUGACAUCUUAGAAGAAGAAGAACAUUAUGCUGACCAGCUUAAGGAAUAUCUCUUCUAUGCUGAAGCUCUAAGGGCAGUGUGCAGAAAACACGAGCUGAGUCAGUUUGAGCUGGAAAUGGCUUCCCUGGACCUCAUUUCUAAGAAGCAGCAACGCGAAGAGCUGGCUACAGGGAUAGUGCGUACAUUCUCCUUAAAAGGCAUGACCAACAAGCUUUUUGGCCAAGAAGCACCUGAGCAGAGGGAGGCCAAGCUGAACCUGCUAGAAGGGCUGAUAGCAGAGGGGGAAGAGACUGUUAAGGAGAAAACAGCCGAGUGCGAGGAGCAUGCAGAAAAGGCGUGGGUAGACAUCCUGCGUUUUAAGGAUCAAAAAGACAAAGAUCUACAAGAAGCUCUCAUCAGCUACGCUCUCAUGCAAAUCAGCAUAUGCAAGAAGGGAAUACAAGUGUGGAGUAAUGCCAGAGAAUGUUUUCUGAAGAUGUAGAGCUGCAGCCACACAGAGAUGUUUUACCCAUUGGUGCAAAGCCACCAACUGCUGCUAAUAUAUGUACCGCCUGUGGAAUGGCAGCAAACGUGCGCAAAGGAAUAUCUUAUAAAUGUGGUCAGCAGGUGGAGCAUUAAAAUGGCCUGGGGCCUGAUGAUAAAGGGUUUCCCGUUUUUAAAAGUUGCAUGCUGGAGAUUUUUUAUACCUGGUUGGAUCUAUAAGAACAAGAUCUAUAUGAACAUAGUGUGAGAAUGAGCUGGUGAGGCAGAUACUAGUGGAGCAGGGGAUGGAAAUAUUCAACGAUACCUGAAUAUUGUGCUGCUGCUAUAAAGAAAACAUAAUCCUGUAACCAGUCCCACACUUAGAAUCAUUUAUAAUGAUCAUGUUUAUUAUAGGAACGGUCAAACCUAAGUGGCUUCUUUACUGUCAUUCUAAAAUCGGUGGUAAGAAUGGUUUAGACCUAGAAAAUGUCAAGGACUCCGCAGUAACUGGGCCCCUGUUGAUGCAGAUUUGGGAGGGUUAGCUGAGCCAUCUCUGUUACAGCUCGACCACACCAUGGGAACAUUAGCAGAAAGUCCAAGAACAAAAGUCCAAAGUGGAACCAAAAAAGGCAGAAGGGAAUAAGGGAGAGCUAAACGAUAUGAAUCCCAGGUAAUGAACUGAUAGUGAUUAAAAAAAGAAGGAAAACCAAAUAGGAGGAGGAAUCAGGACACGCGUGGCCAUGAUGAGACACUAGAACCGGCAAGACUGGAAUCCCAGAGGUUCAAUUUAUCUGGUAACAUGGUUCAAAGCACAAACUGUUACAAUGAAAACAGCAACGCAAAGCACACACCAAAUAAGGUUCCAGAUCGAUCUAUGCAGAGAGGAUACCUGCAUUUAAUGGCCUUAUUAGCAAACGUCUCAGUAGCUGUAUGUUUGGGCCAGCUGCAUUAGCUCACAAUGGGACUCUGGACAGCUGCAAACUACUAAAUAUUUUUCCUCGGUUCUGACUGAUAAAGUCAUGUUGUUUCGAGUUUCCACCUCAGUGGAAAGGGCUUCCGUUUCCCUCUGUGAAGUUCCUGUUUUUUGUAGGAUAACAGGUGACAGGGCAGGGAUAAGCGUGGCUGAACUUUGUGUGUGUGAAGACAGCAGGGUAACUGGCAGAUGACUCCAAAUAAAUCUGAUUACCUUUAAAGUUUAUUUUUCCAUGACAAAUAGACAACCCGUCCAGGCUUUUUGGACUUCCUGAAGCAGAACGACAGACUGAUCUCCAUGCUAAGCUGCAUGGAGUGCAAACACUGUACAUUUUAGUAGGCCCACAAUUCUGAAGAAAAAUCCUCUAUCGGUCUUAUGAUUUUGUCUUGUCUGAGUUUCCCUUUUUGAAUUAGAUUACUGAAAUAAGUGAAGUUUUCGCAGAUAUUCUACCAUCAUUUAUUGAGAUGCAGCUGUAGCUUAGUCAAAUACAUGUGUUUAUGUGCAUAUUUCAGGCGUGUCUCCUUACCAAGCUGUCUUUUUUUAAUUUUCUUUUUUGCCUCUCUGAAGACAGAUUGUGAUGAGCUCUUGUGUGUAAAAUUCUGCUGACUGAGUAAACAGCCAAUAAGAGUUUAGCGUUUUAGGAGAGCAUUGCAGGAUGUGGCCGCUUACACCACAGAAAAAAAAAAACUCUCCAGCUGCAACAUGAAAAGAGUUUUAAUGGAGAUUGACAGAUUUAGCUCCUGCAUCCAAGUCCAGCGUUGGAUGACUGGACUGCUCCAGUCAUGACAGGAGAACACCUUUAAUCAAAUCAUUUAUGCUUGAAGUGCUCAAAGUUUGUCUUUCUCCUGUGUUUAUGCUCAGAUUAUUAGAUGAAUUGGAGCUUCGAGUGUUUUUUUUUUUUUGUUUUUUUUUUUACCAAAGUUCUACUAAAUAUUUAGCAUGUGAGCAAAUUGUUGUGUUUUUGGAGACUUUGCAACAUUUUAACUGUAAUAUUUGGACACAGCUACAGUUGGGCCUUUGUCUGAAUAAACAUCUGCCACACCUCUGUU